UCCAGGUUCUUUACGGACUGCGUGACUUUCUGACCGUUCGAGCUGAUAUUUUCAUUCCUGGAAUAUUUAGGUGUUAGAACGCUCAAGCUUUGGACUACAGGGCCUUGUGGCAGUUUAGAGCCAUGAUCAUCUGCGUCAAGCCUGAGAGCUGGCCCACCCUGGACUAUGCCGACUACGGCUGCUACUGUGGCUAUGGUGGCUCCGGCACCCCGGUGGAUGAACUGGACAGAUGCUGCCAGGUUCAUGACAAGUGCUACAGCAAUGCCAUGCAGCACGACGCCUGCUGGCCAAUCCUGGACAACCCUUACACUGAGAUCUACGCCUACAGCUGUGACACGGCCACCAAAACACUCACAUGCAAAAGCAACAAUAACGAGUGUGAAAUGUUUAUCUGUGAGUGCGACCGGGUGGCCGCCGAAUGCUUCGCGAGGUCAGAGUACAACGAGGAGCACAAGCACCUGCCCAGUGAUCGCUGCAAAUAAGUUCCAGAUAAAUAAGUGGCAUGCUGUGGUGGAAAGUGACUAGUUCAGACUCUUGGCAAUUAUUUACACUAGAAUUUGGGGAUUAAUUGACCUCUAACGCCUAAUCCACCUAACCGUACUAAUCUUACGUUUCUAACAGUACUCAAUAAACA